CCAAAUAAUUACAAAUAAAUAUCUUAGAUAUACUCGUAUUACAAAAAAUAACAACGUUUUUUUUUUUAACUUAAACCUCACCUUAAGCUAUUUGAAAUAAAGAAGCAACUAAAAAAAAAAAAUCGAAUAAAUAUAUGUAAUACCACAUAGUGAAAGGAAAGCAAAAGUCUAGUGAGAAUAUCAAAACAAAAACACAAAUAUUAAAACAACAAAUACCAAUACAAAUUUUAAAUAGCCAAUGCAGUUUACCGUAAGCAUAUUCAACAAAAAAUAAUAAUUAAUAGUUAAAUAGCAAAACAAAAAAUAAAAAUACAAAUAUACAAGCAUACCAAUCACUUCAAUAACAAAUGCAGUUAAAAAAGUCGGUUUAAGCUACAACAACAAAUCAACCAAUAACCCAUAGAAAAUAUCUUACAAAUCUUCAAAGUACAAAGAGCGCAUAAAUUUUUGCAAAUAUUGCAUUAUACAGAAUUACAACAACAAAAUUUCGAAUUUUCGCACUUAAAAUUAUCACACAAACAAUAUAGCAAUAUAAUCGAAAUAUCAAAAAAAAAAAUAUCAAGUAAACAAUAAAAAAAAAUGUAAACAGUUUUAGCAAAUAAGUAACUUUAUAAACUAUUUAGAAACAGUUGUGCUUUUAACAAUGAAAUACGAAAAACAACUCGUUUGAACACAGCGAGUAGUUAGCGCUUAAAGCCCCAGCAUUAACAAUUUAUAGUAUCAAUAAAAGUUAAUAGUUUAAAUAUAAAACCGCACACAGACACAUCAACAAAUAAAUAUGCUACCCAACCAGUGAGCAAAAGUUCAAAUUGUUUAGAGAAAAUAAAAAAAAAAAAACGACGCGUAGUUCAAAACAGUUUACAACAACAAACAAACAUAAAAAAGAAUAAACUACCUCAAAUCGAAAUUUCAAGUGUACAAACGCAAAACAAAAGCCACAACAAAUAACAAAUUAAUAUUUAACAAAAAAAAAACACAAAAAACUUCCCUAAGCAAUUUCAAAACACACUAAUUAAUCGAACAGUUUUGAAAAAUUUUACAAAAAAACCAAAGCACAAAAACCAGUGUACAAAAGUUCAAACCAAUUAUAAAAGAAAAACACAAAAUUAUCAAUAAAAUUAUACACAAAUUUUGAAAUAUAUUAAAGAUUUGCGUCUUGCCAACAACUCACAACCGGAAGGGCUAGUGGCGCGUAAAUCAUUGCGCGUUCCGGCUAAAGCGCGCACUCACGCUGCCAGGCUCUGUCGCUCGCGCGAUCUCUCCCGGUAAAUACGUACAGUAGACACUCGUUUGCCAAGAACAAACGCAGCGCUGAACUCAUUUGCUCUCACUAUUAUCGCGUGGCCGCUUUCCGCAGCAAAUCCGGCUCCCGCCAUGCCGAAAGGGGGGCUUAAAUGGCGUCUUCAAUAAUUGCGCAGACCAGCGGCGGCACAGUAGAAACGUCAGCAGCACCAGCAACACGAACUGCGGCAGCGGUAUCGACCAGCCAUUUGGGUCAUUUCAGUCACGGACUGCAGCCACACUACGCGCACACAUAUUUGCCACACCAGCAGCUGCCACACGCACUUCAACACCAGCAACAGCACCAGGUGCAGCAGCAGCAGUUUUUCUAUCAUCAACAGCAACAGCAACAGCAGCAGCAGCAGCAGCUUGUUGCCGAACAACAACACCACUGGGAUUAUUAUGCACGCCAACAGCAAUUGCAACAGUCACAAUCAAGUCAACAGCAACAACUACCAGCAUCACAACAACAAUCACAGCAACAGCCACCUCCUCAGCCUCCGCCUGCUCGGCCCACUCCUCAACAGCAUCUGUCCACCACCACCUCAACCUCCAAUGCCACCACCAGCAGCAGCAACCACAACAGUAACAGCAAUAAUGAUCAGCAGCAGCAGCAGCAGCAACAACAACAACAACAGCAACAGCAGCACUCAGCUGUAAGUUCUCAAUCUAACGGCAACGCCAACAGCGGCAGCAGCAGCAAUAGCAGCGCCGCCAACUCCAAUAGCAACAAUAACUAUACGCGUCCUUGGGAAAUGGAUACCAAGGACCAUCACAGCCACAGCAGUACAUUGAAGAGUGCAGGUCUCGGCAAUGGAGGCGGCAACGGUCCCGGUAAUGGCAGAGAACAUCUUGGAGGAGCCGGCGGCUUCGAGCCCUUCUCCAAGCUGCCCUCUUUCCAAAGUCAAUUUCAUGGCUACAACGACCCGCUCAUGUCCGAUGGCAUUGCGGCCAUGGCUUCGUCGGUGCUACCGCCGUCGAUGUCCUCACUCCAGACGGUUGCCAUGUCACCAGCAAGCAUUUCAGUCAGUUCGCCAGGUAUGGUAAGUGUGGGUUCACCAUUGACGCAACUAUCUGGCUUGCAGGCGAGCAUUACACCUCCUUCAUCUGCCACAGCCGCGUCGUCGUUUGCCCCACUUGGUGCACCUCCGCCUCCGCCGCCAAAUACAUUUCAUCAUUUGGGCGCAGUAAACACGCAUGGACAUCACCGAAGCAGUGCCUCCUAUGCACCGCUAAUGCCCACUAAUACCGGUGCUAUGGGCAGCUAUGGUUCAAGUGGCGCCCUGGACGACGGACGUCAUCAUCUGCCUUUAUACCAGGCACUUACGCCCACUUAUGCUACCCCGCCGACACCAAGUGCACUCGCGCCUAUCUCGUCGCAACAUACACUCGGUGGAUUGGGAGGAAUCGGUGCGUUUAGCGGUGUUGGUAAGAAAGAUAACACUCAGACAUAUGAUCUCAAUAACGGCAACGGUGGUCUCACACUAAGCGCAGCGACUAUCAAUACAGCUAAUACCAAUGUUACACCGAUGGGGAUGCACACACCAACCACGCCUUCAUAUGUAGAUGGUAGUGGCGGUGUUACUAUGAUGGAUACAUCAAAUGGAGCUUCUGGAUAUCACACGCCACACUCCACACAUGCUGGUAGUUCCAGCGGUGCUGGUGCUGGCGCUAGUGGGCCACAUACACCACAUACUCCGCAUACGACGCAACCGCAUACUCCUACUCCCUCCACCACCACGCAAAUCAAGGUCGAAAAGGUACUGAAUUCUCCUAUUGCGCGGGUGGAUGCGAGAAAAAAGGAACGACGGAAAAAUCGGGCGAAUUCGCUCGAGUCCAGCGCCGAGUCUGAGGCAAGUGCUAUGGAUGUUGAUCCCAGCAAUCCCGGACAAGUGGAUGCGGUCUCGAGCACGGCCAAUUUCAAAAGUCCACUGAGCGCGCUGGGAAUGGGCGAUAGUAACGACACCAACAGCGACAAACAGACUUCUGUCUUUCAGUCGAAGAAAAAACGCAAAAGGUGCGGCGAAUGCAUCGGCUGUCAACGUAAGGACAAUUGCGGCGAGUGCGCUCCUUGUCGCAAUGACAAAAGUCACCAAAUUUGUAAGCAGCGACGUUGCGAGAAGCUCACUGAGAAGAAGGAACCCAAAGCCAAACAAGUAUGUAACGCAUAAUUUUAUUAUAUUUUAGUUAAUAUACAAUAUCAUACUAUAUUAAUUAAUUACGAGUGGAU